AACAACCAACUUGUCUGUGCACCAAAAAGAAAACCAAAACCAAUAUUAGACUGUGCUUCUUAAAGUAAUCGAGAGGAACACACUUGCUCGCUGUGACUGGAGACAUGAUACGAGGAGCUCGAAAUUCGUUUCUCCCCCAAUAACAUCAAGUAAUAGUCUUAUACUUUUAUUAUUAUUUAUUUCGAACAUUAGUGAUGAUUUUGGUAAGAAGCAAACUUUCGUAACCAUUCGUUAGCAAGUCCAAACUCGUAUGACCAUUAAUGAAAUUGGCCCCUAUCUAUAGCGCAGAUGUGGAUAACGUUAAAAUACACCCCUAUCUGCAACAUAACAAAGGUAAUAGUAACUGGAUCACACUGCUGUACUAACCGUGUUUUCCACUAACACCCAGCCAUCGCAUUCGCCUCUCCAGGCUCCCUCUUCCAGCCCCCUUCUCGCUAACUCCAAAAGACAAAAUAGCCCAGCCCUCCAAUUCCCAAAAUCCCUUCUUCUUCUUCUUCUUCUUCUUCUCAAGUCUCUGUCCCAGUCAUCAAUUGCCCGCACAACCAUGGGACCCACCUUCCACCAUCGUCAUCAUCAUCACCAAUGGCAUUCACGUGAUUAUGUCCCAAUUCGGUGCCCACUUUGGAAACACCAUUCUUGUUUAUAUGUAUCGCCUUCCCCUUCGUUCCUCAAAUGACUCACUCCCACGUUCCUCUCUCUCUCUCUCUCUCUCUCCCUCUCUCUCUCUCUGCACUCUGCUUCCUUCUGAGCUCGACUCUGUUUCUCUUCCCGCCUUUCGAACUGCAAAAUCACAAGGGUACUAACUACUACUCCCUUUCUGUAUUCUCCUUGAUUUGGAUUCGUUCUUCCAACUUCUCAGCUGUACUGGGUUUUGAUCUAUUUUCGUUUCUGGAUUGUUUUUGCUGAGCAUUGUUUGGUUUUUGCUUGUUUCAGAUAUAAUUGCACUUUGCUUUGAAGAAAGAAAGCGACUGCCUUUCCUUUUGGCUCUGUUUUCUUCUUUCCUCCCUUCUUAUCCAUUUUUGGACCAAGCAGCAAGCAAUCUUCGUGAAGUAGAGGCAAAGUUUGGAAAGCUUUUUUUAGAGGUCAACGGCGCAGCAUUCAACCCCACCUUCUUAAUCCAAUCCAGUUCAGGUACUCUAAACCAAAUCCGAUUCAUUCAAUCCCCAGAUUGAGAACUGGGUAAAGGGGGGGAAAUAAAGAUUGGAACUUUAAGCUGAAAUCAUGGCUGGAAUUGGUGGUGAUGAAUUUCAGGUUUCACAGGAAGCCAUCAUGAGCAGUGGGAUUCUUUACAGCAGUAAUCUCAAGUACCCAGAUGGAGAACUGAGGAAGAACAGCUUCCAGGAUCUUGCUGUGGAUCUCAAUCCUUACAACCUUCAUCAUCAGCAUCAUCAUCAUCAGCAGCAGCAGCAGCAUCAGGGUAGUAAUCAUUCAGGGUUGGCGCGUCUUCGUUCCGCGCCAAGCUCAUUCUUCGAAGAUCUCAUCAAUGGCGGCGCCGGAGGGGGAUUUGAUGAUUUCCGCUACUUCCGACCGUCGAGCCCCGACAUGGACGCCAUAUUCUCGAGGUUGCUGUCUCCGACCAGCAACGGGAACCAGGAUCCUCUGCUGCUUCCGUCUCCAGCUGCUCAGGAAUUGCGAGGCUUUGUGAAGCAAGAAGCGAUGGAUUCAAGUUUCCAGCAGAAUUUGGGGAACGAAAGCUCGGACGAAUGGAAGGAUCAUGGUAGUGAUUCUGCUGCCACGUUCAUGGAUUCGAUUGAUUUGGGUUCCUCUGUUGUUACUGCUGCUGCUGCUAAUAAUAAUACUAGCGGUAGUAAUGGAUCGAAUCUCGCUCGACAUAACAGCUCCCCGGCUGGGUUCUUCUCCAGCCUGGUCGUUGAAAAUGGGUUCCAUGGAAUUAGGGAAGUCGGUCCAUCUCCAAAUAACAGUACUAGUAGCAGAUUGAGCAGCAGCCGUACAACAAGCUUCAGUACUUCAGCUCCCAGAUUGUUGCCCCAGAUUUCUGAAAUCGGUGAGGAAACAUUCAAGACUCCCAACUCUGGGAAAAGGCUCUCCUCAAACAACUCGUGGGACUUCACUUCUUCAAAUGGGAUCAAGAGAUUGAAACAGGACAAUGAUGGUGAUGAUUUGGACUUCUUUUCGACCUUGAAUGCAAUGGAUAACAUUCAUCAGCAGAAUGGUAGUGGUGGUGGGAAUCGGUUGACUCACCACUUGAGCUUGCCUAAAACUGCUGCUGAGAUGGCGUCCGUAGAGAAGUUCUUGCAGCUUCAAGGCUCCGUCCCUUGUAAGACUCGUGCCAAACGAGGUUUCGCCACUCACCCACGAAGCAUUGCUGAAAGGGUAAGAAGAACGAAAAUUAGCGAAAGGAUGAGGAAAUUGCAAGAACUUUUCCCCGUAACAGAUAAGACCAACACAGCAGAAAUGUUAGAUUUGGCAGUUGAGUACAUCAAAGACUUGCAGAAACAAGUCAAGAGUAUGAAGGAUACAAAAGCCAACUGCACAUGUUUGAGAGAACAGAAAGCUUGAUUUGUUUUUGGGUUGUUCUAUGUACAUAAGAAAAGUAAAAUGUUUAGGAAGAUGGGGCCAGAAGAUAGUUUCUUGUUUUUUGGUGAAAGAAAGGUAAUGUGGUAUGUGGAUAAGAAAAAAAUGGUUAGUUGCUGUAGCAGUAGGAUUUGGUAGGGGGUUUCGAGGAACACACUUGUCUAUUGCCUGCCUCCCCUGCCCUUACCACAUUUGUUUUGAUGGUUCAUCCUGCUGAAAUUAGAAAGAGAAGAUCAUGAAAUCCUUAUCCAACUGUAAUUGUAUUCUACUCUUCUCGGUGAUUACUUUAAAAGUAAAGGAUGGAUAGUUCAUUCUACAGCUUAACUCAAGUCUGUAACUGCAAAAAGAACAAUGCACUGUCAAAGUGGAAAGAAAGCUCUUGGUCCAAAUGAGAGAAAUUGGAUUUUUGUAUGGUUAUGGAGUUGCAAGGAUAGUUGAUUGAUAAUCAAUGUAAUUGCAAACCAAUUGCAUAUUAGGUUUUUAUUGUCACUUCAAUAUUUUUGCAAUCCAACUCAUAUUAGUGGUAUCGCAAUUAUAUCUGCAAUCCACUUGCAAUUGCAAUUAAUAUUAUGUUUAAAUUAUGAUAAAAUAAAGUAAAAUGGAAAAUAAAGUAAAAGACAAGAAAAUAAUGAAUUUCUAUUUUAGGCCAUUUUAGCUUGCAUAUGCAAUUGGGUAGCCCAGCUGGUGGGUUGUUAGUUCGCCCAUGCAACGUCGUGUGUUAGGGGUGGGCAUUCGGUCGUUUCGAUUUCGACCGAACUGAAAUUAUGAAUACCACCAAACUUCAAACCAAAUUAUAAUUCGGUUCGGUCAGUCUAAACCGAAUUAUAAUUCGGUUCGGUUCGAAAUUUCAUACAAAACCGAAUUUGUGAGGCUACUUUGUAUCUUCUCACUUUUAAAUUAUUUUUCACCCUUAAUGUAAAUAAUAAAUAUACAAUUGUAUGCAUCAUCAAUGAUAAAAUCGAACAUUUCAACACAUAAGUCAUAAAACACUAACAUGUUUCAAAUAUACAAGUUUCAAAACAACUACAAACAUAAAAAUCCACCAUUUGGAGCUUGCAAUUAUAGUAAUUCGGUUAUUCGGUCGGAACUUCAGAAAUUUGGUUCGGUAGAAAGAACCCUGAUUUCCGAAAUAUCAUAUUUCUCUUUCGAAUUUCGAACUGAAUAGCAUUAUUUUUGUUUCGGUUCGAUUUAAUUCAAUUUUGGUUUGGUUCGGAUCGGAUUUACCAAACCGGUUGCUCACCCCCUAUCGUGUGUUCAAUCCGUACCAUCAAUCAGUUGGAUAAUAAAACCCUUGAGUAGCACUCCGCUCUCACCUGGGCUGAAGGGUAGCGACCCGGGGUUUGGCCUGACUACGGUAUAACUAAAAGUGAUGACCGCGGAGGUGUUCCUCGUAUAAAAAAUGGAAAAGAAAAUAAUGAAUGCAUAAUUUUUAGACCAUUUUGGCUUGCAUAUGCAAUUGCAUUUGUUGCAAGCUUGCAACGGGUAGAUACAUAGCCUACAUUGAUGCAAUUGAUUUUGCAAAUGCAAAAACUCAUGCAAUGUAAUCUUGCAAUUGAAAUGCAAGACCAAUGUGGAUGCUCUUAGAUGCAAGCUUGCAAAGAUGCAAUUGUUAUCUACAUUAAUACAUUUGCACAAUGCAAUUGCAAAUGAAUGUCAUGUCAUGAC